AUGGAGCCUCAUCGUAUCCUUGUGGAAGGUGUUAUGCCUCGGCUACCGGCUGGUCAAAACCCACCUCCCAGACUCGAAAUCUCCACAUUUGUCGAACAUAUUCGCCAGUUCUCACUAUACGUACAAGCACUGCAACAAAUUUAUGACCAACAUAAAGAAGAUGUGACGUCCUAUUGGCAAAUUGCGGGCAUUCAUGGCCAGCCUUAUGUCGAGUGGAACGGCACUUCAAGCGAAAAUGGUCGCGGCUUUUGCGCACACAAUACAGAGAUAUUCCCGACAUGGCAUCGACCGUACCUCGCUCUUUUUGAGCAAGAAAUACAAAGGCACGCACGCAACAUUGCGGCGACAUACACGCAUGAUCGCCCAGCCUGGGAGGCAAUAGCAGCGGAGUUGCGCCAACCCUAUUGGGGAUGGGAUAAAGUUGAAACAAUGACUCUACCGGCGCAGGUCACAACGUCGCCUACAGUUGAAAUUAUCAAACCCGACAAUCUGGCACGUGUGUCUGUUCCAAACCCAUUCUUGACAUACGCAUAUCCAGCGGGUGAAAAUUCGGUGUUCGCGUACCCCUUCAAUGUCUGGCCGCGUACUGCACGCUACCCUGAUGCUUCGGGUAAAAGUCAGCCUAUUCUGCUGAAUAAGAGCCUUAAAUCAAUAGGCAGUCAAGUCGAAAACAACGUUAAGAGGCUCUUUUCAAUCACAAAUUGGAACGAGUUUGUACUCGGAAGCGAGACAACGGUUGGAUUGGAGUUCAUUCAUGGCACAAUGCAUUUUCAUUCGGGAGGGCCGAAUGGCAACAUGUCACAUCUUCAGGUUUCAGCUUUCGAUCCAAUUUUCUAUCUCCAUCACGCUCAAGUCGAUCGUAUGGUCGACCUCUGGCACAGUGUACACAAGGACUGGACCAAGGAUACCAAAGAUCUGCUCCCCUUCCUGAGGACUCAAACUGACUAUUGGCAAUCUCCAGAAAUCAUCAAGCCCGGCGACGUAUUUAACUAUACCUACGACAAUGAUUUAUCUGUAUCCGGCGAAAGUUUAGCAGAAGACAAACAAAAUACAGAUAUCGUGAGCACUGAGGUUCAGUGGAGCGUCCGUGUUGAGUGCAAAAUGUACGAGGUGGGGGGAAGUUUCUCUGUCUACGUCUUCAUGUCAAAAGAAGUUCCCUCCGACCAUCCGGAGUGGCUGUUCCACCCCUCCUUUGCCGGUACCUUUGAUGUUUUUGCCAACCCCGAGCCCGAGGAGUGUGCCAACUGUACCGCUCAUGCUGGUGAUAUAAUCAAAGGAUUUGUACACAUAAACCAGAAAUUGGAGACAUUGAACUUGGACUCCCUUGAUCCCGAGAACGUCAUUCCUUACUUGAAGGAGCACAUCAGCUGGGGAGUCUUGAAGUCCAACGGUGAAGUUUUCGACUUACAAAGGUUCACAUCACUCAAGGUGACGGUGAUAUGCACGCCCAUUACCCUCACCGUCGGUGCAAAAUACCCUAAGGAGGGUCAACCAAAGAUCUAUCCUGAAGUUACUCGUGGACGCGUCGGAGGUUAUCGUGAUGGUGCAUAG